UGCAUUCUAGGGGCCUCCCGGGUGGCGCAGUGGUCUAGAGCACUGCAUCGCAGUGCUAGCUGCGCCACCAGUCUCUGGGUUCGCGCCCAGGCUCUGUCGCAGCCGGCCGCGACCGGGAGGUCCGUGGGGCGACGCACAAUUGGGCUAGCGUCGUCCAGGUUAGGGAGGGUUUGGCCGGUAGGGAUAUCCUUGUCUCAUCGCGCUCCAGCGACUCCUGUGGCGGGCCGGGCGCAGUGCGCGCUAACCAAGGGGGCCAGGUGCACAGUGUUUCCUCCGACACAUUGGUGCGGCUGGCUUCCGGGUUGGAGGCGCCUGUGUUAAGAAGCAGUGCGGCUUGGUUGGGUUGUGCUUCGGAGGACGCGUGGCUUUCGACCUUCGUCUCUCCCGAGCCCGUACCGGAGUUGUAGCGAUGAGACAAGAUAGUAAUUACUAGCGAUUGGAUACGACGAAAAUUGGGGAGAAAAGGGGAUAAAAUGUAUUAAAAAUAUAUAUAUAUAAAAAAGUGCAUUCUAAGUUGUAUGCUAGUAGGUACAUUGAACACGUUUUCAAUUAACCGUUCAUCUUUGAAGUUUCAACUUACUCCCGUCACACCCCCCCCCCCCUUGGUUUGUGCUGUGGUGGAGACCUUUGUGGGCUAUACUCGGCCUUGUCUCAGGAUUGUAAAUUGGUGUUUGAAGAUAUCCCUCUAGUGGUGCGGGGGCUGUGCUUUGGCAAAGUGGGUGGGGUUAUAUCCUUCCUGUUUGGCCCUGUCCGGGGGUUUCUUCGGAUGGGGCCACAGUGUCUCCUGAUCGCUCCUGUCUCAGCCUCCAGUAUUUAUGCUGCAGUAGUUUGUGUCGGGGGGCUAGGGUCAGUUGGUUAUGCCUGGAGUACUUCUCCUGUCUUAUCCAGUGUCCUGUGGGAAUUUAAGUAUGCUCUCUCUAAUUCUCUCGUUCUCUCUUUCUUUCUCUCUCUCUGAGAACCUGAGCCCUAGGACCAUACGUCAGGACUACCGGGCAUGAUGACUCCUUGCUGUCCCCAGUCCGCCUGGCCUUGCUGCUAUUCCAGUUUCAACUGUUCUGCCUGCGGUUACGGAACCCCUACCUGUCCCAGACCUGCUGUUUUCAACUCUUAAUGAUCGGCUAUGAAAAGCCAACUGAGAUUUAUUCCUGAUUAUUAUUUGACCAUGCUUGUCAUUUAUGAACAUUUUGAAAAUCUUGGCUCUCUCUAAUUUUCUCCUUCUCUCUUUCUUUCUCUCGGAGGACCUGAGCCCUAGGACCAUACGUCGGGACUACCGGCCGUGGUGACUCCUUGCUGUCCCCAGUCCGCCUGGCCUUGCUGCUAUUCCAGUUUCAACUAUUCUGCCUGCGGUUAUGGAACCGCCACCUGUCCCAGACCUGUUGUUUUUCAACUCUUAAUGAUCGGCUAUGAAAAGCCAACUGAAAAUUAUUCAUGAUUAUUAUUUGACCAUGCUUGUCACUUAUGAACAUUUUUGAACAUCUUGGCAUAGUUCUGUUAUAAUCUCCACCCGGCACAGCCAGAAGAGGACUGGCCACCCCUCAUAGCCUGGUUCCUCUCUAGGUUUCUUCCUAGGUUUUGGCCUUUCUAGGGAGUUUUUCCUAGCCACCGUGCUUCUACACCUGCAUUACUAGCUGUUUGGGGUUUUAGGCUGGGUUUCUGUACAGCACUUCGAGAUAUUAGCUGAUGUACGAAGGGCUAUAUAAAAUAAACUUGAUUGAUUGAUUGACUAUCACUGCUAGCUAGGUUCACAGGGGCAGUACUCAAGUCCGGAAGCACUGUGCUCGUGUCGUCGUGGCCACUAUUGGUUAAUUUAAAAGGCAAUCUCCCCAAACCGGUCUGAAAACGAACCAAGCCUAUUCAAAUGCCGAUCUUGAAAAUGACAGCAAAUAAGGCGGGAUUUCACCAGCUACCCUUAACUUAAUUGUGGGCAUCAUUUCUUGUUUGACAACACUGUUAUGAAAAAAGUACACCGAGAUAGCCUUAUUCAGCAAUAAUGUAAACAUUUCUGAUUGCUGUAAAUUAUAGCUACGUAUGACUAGGUUUCCUAACCCAGGAAUGAUUUCUGAAUUUAGAUUCGAAUCGAUUAGAUUAAUUUAUUAGUCACAUACAUAGGGUCGCAGAUGUAAUUGCAGGGUACAGUGAAAUUCUUAAGAUCUGAACUCCAACAGUGCAGGUCAAAAAGAUAAGUGAAUGAAACAAUAUUAAUAUUAAUAAUUAUAUACACCAUAUAUACAUAUUUAUUUACAACAUUUACAAACCAACAGCAUGCAUUCAUCCAGUUUGUAUAAAUUAUGAUAGAAGUGUGAAAUGACUGUAAUGAGUAUCUUGGACUAAUAGGCAGUUGGCUUAAACCAUUUAUUCAUAAUUGGCAAUAUGUGGGCCUGCCUUUAUCCAAUCAGCUUACCACAUCUGUCUUCCCUCGCCAAACCCAUCAAUGAUUUGAUUUAUUUGACCAUAAUUUGGUUGGUCCAUUUUAUUGACACUAAAUAGAUGUUAUUUUAACCGUAGCUGUUAAAAGUCCAACAGUGGGAGUGUGCAGACUGAUGAUGGCGCGACUUUAAUUCCUGACUAUUUCAGUUAUGGCCAACAGAGGGCAACAUUUAUCCAUAAAAUACGAUUAAACCUCACUGAACCAAAGUGAAUUAGGUUACAUUGUAAACUUUAUAGAGAUUUCGUAUGUGAUCAGAAACAAUGCCUUAAUUUCCCAGAGUGGUCGCUCUGUGCUAUUGUAGUUGACGUAAUCAUGUACAAUGGCAUGAUGUAAUAUAUGAGCCUAUGACGUAAACGCACUCGAGGGAAGGUUCAGUGCCUACUUCUGGCUCAGUUGAGUUGAUGAUUUGCAAAGGACAGUCAUCCUCAUGUUCAAAUAAAUCACUUUGAGUGGACAAAGACGACAUUCUGUGAGUACAGCAAAACGGGCCAAGAUUUUGUAAUAAAAAAUAAAAUAAAAGUAUUUUAAAAUGUAUUUGUUUAUAAAAAAAAAUGUCAGGUCCAAUCUGAAGGGUGCCUGAAAACACAAUGGAUAGAAAUCAUAAACGGUUGAGAAAAAUUCUUCAAAAGGUAAGUCUCAUAAGAGAUAAAAAAAUGUUUUUGUUAAUUCUGGGGCUUUCUCUCUUGAUAUGUAAUGAGGCUAUCUUAUUGGUAGUAUAGCGUAUAUGCUGUAAAAACAGAUUGAAAUGAUUUAUAGUUGGAAAAGUGGGCUUAAUAAUGGAGGGCUCAAGUUAAAUGUAUUUCCUUAUGUUCAUAAACCCCAGGCUGGGACCUUCCAAGCUAAUGCUGGAGAGCAGGUGCUCCAGACAGACGUCCAUUCCGCUGGCCAUGAUGGACUAAGGCUGCCAGGCCUGGGAGACUGCCCCAAGGACAGCCCCCUAAAGGCUGGGACCCUCCAAGCUAGUGCUGGAGAGCAGGUGCUCCAGACAGACGUCCAUUCCGCUGGCCAUGAUGGACUAAGGCUGCCAGGCCUGGGAGACUGCCCCAAGGACAGCCCCCUAAAGGCUGGGACCCUCCAAGCUAGUGCUGGAGAGCAGGUGCUCCAGACUGACGUCCAUUCCGCUGGCCAUGAUGGACUAAGGCUGCCAGCCCUGGGAGACUGCCCCAAGGACAGCCCUCUAAAGAACCUUGAGCCGAAGCCCCAACAAGGCCCCAGGCCCAGCCGAGAGGCUAUCAAGGCUAGAAGGGCUAGGGAGGCUAAGUCAGGGGUGGUAAACCUAAGCCGCCAAGUAGUUGGUGUGUUGGCACUGCCUCAAACGCUUCUAUCUCAAACAACCAGUAACAGUGUCCUGCCAGCUAUCAAGAAGGGCACUAAAGUUACUAAAAUGGAGACAACAGAAACCCCAGGUCCCCUGACACCUAAUGAUGGGGAGAUAAUGAUCUCCUUUCCAUCUGUUGAUGACCUCCUGACCCCAAAGAGUGAUGUCACGUCCGAGGCUAAGAGCGAUGAUGCCUCCUGUCCAAUUUCACCUGAGGCGUUCUCUCUAACAAACUUCCUGAAGUCUCACCCUCAGAGAAAGCUUAUCAGGAAGUUCCUCAAACAAAUGAACGUGACAAUAGGCGACCUGGACGAAGUCAUCGAGUGGGUGGUGUGUGUCUCCAGUGAGGUGUUCCUCCCAGUGAUGGCUCUGCACAGGACCUCCAGACCAGAGUCGUCAGACUCAUUCCGCUGGGGGUCAGGUGUGCUCCAGAUCAUCUCUGAAAAGUUCCACCAGCGGAGUUCUGAGCCGAAGGGAAGGCUCCUGGGCGGGCAGCCGCCCACUCCCCCUUCUGAGACCGACAAGGAGCUUCAGGGCAUAGCAGAUCUGUCUGUGAGUAACAUCCUGAAAAGGGCCCAGGAGGACCUCUUCUCUUCUGGUGAGGAUGACCUGGAGAUCACCCAUCCAGGCAUCACUCUGACCGAAGAGAAGCUCUCCAGCAUCUUCUCAGAGCUGUUCAGGGGCGCAUGUGAGAGUGCCCAGGAGGCCGCCGGACGCAUCCACCACAUGAGGUCUGGAAGAGGCAACAACAGCCGAAAUGGGAGACGCCCUGGGUCACCAACAGAGUUGGGAGAACUGGGGUCAGUGAGGAGUCCCAAGGGAAGUGACGUCCAUAAAGUCCUUAGCGAGGGGUCCCUCCCUGUCUUUGCCCUGUUUGGGGAGAGGCCAGGGGAAGUUGGGGAGACCAGCAGCCCUGCUGGGGAGAUGGACGAGACCCAGACUGCCAGCACUCCCAGCAUUCCCCGGUCUGGGCAUGGCGGCAGAAGUUGUAGCCAGACCACCAUUCCCACCACCGGCCACAGAGAGGCAGGAGUCACAGCCAGUAACAUCUUUGAUGUUAUUGUUCAUCUGGCGCACUCCGACACUGACCGGGAACUCCACCAGGAGUUCAGCAGUGAGGAUGAUGUUUCACUGAAUGACAUCAUGGACAUUAAGGCAGUGGAGCCCCUGGGGCAGAUCCUGUCCUCAUGGAGGCUGGUCAACAGGAUCUUCAGGGGGAAGGUCCACUACUUUGGGAAGGAGCUCAUCUGCAAGGUGUAUCAGAUGCUUCUAGACAGCGGUAUGGGCAGGAGGCCAAUGGCCCGCCAGAGCAGGUCCGAGCCCAUCCUGAAAGACCUGGCUGCCAACCGUAGGCUCUCCAAUGAAUUCUUCACAGACGUGCUGUACAUGUUCAUCCAACGUGCCAUUAAGAAUCUGCUGGAGAACUUCUUGGGUCUGCCGACCACCCCACCAGGUAGAGACAUUAUGUGGAAUGACAAUUUCAACUGGAUGUAUAGGGACGGCUGGGGGAACACCCCCACAUCCAGCGAGGAGGAGUUGUGGGACAGCGACUCCACCUGGUCAAGUGGGCUUGGGGAGGAGGAGUUGGCAGAGUCCCGUGGGAGGUGGGCCGCUCUGUUGGAGAAGGGCAGACUCCAGACCCUCCAGUCCUCCGGCUCCGGCUCCCUCUCCCUCUCCGAUGACAACAAGGAGGCACUAGGGGCCGUCUGCCAGGUCCUGACCUCCAGGGUGGGAGACAUCCUGAACAGUACCUGCAACAACGAUUACAAGGCCAGGCUCAUCAUCCAGAAAGGAUUGGAUUCCGGUGCCAGGGAAAGGUUCCCUGACUCUCAAUGUCCCUCUUCACCCGAAGAGGAGGAGGUAGUAGUGAGUGCCAUGACUGUCUCAUACCCUAAACCCUCCACCUCAACCCAGGCAGCAUGGGCAGCUCCUGCCCAGACUCUGGAUGUUUUUCUGCCCAGACCCUGCCUGGAUGAAGAAGAGGUAGUGCCCAGCACCUCCAUGAAGGACAACUCUGUGACGACCACCCAUGCAGCACGGGCAGCUCCUUCCCAGACCCUGGAAGAAGAGGUGGGAGAAGCUGAGGUGUCCGACGUGAGUGACAGCUCCCUGAUGCCCACCAAGGCCCUUGAGAAGAUUCCCUCCCUCCUACCAGGCAAGAAUCUUAUUGAAGAGGACAUCCUCAUUUGCAGCACUCCCUGGGCCACCGUCAUAAGCCCCCAGACCCUGAAGUUUAUCCUCCACGGCAUCAUGUGCCGACUGGAGGCCUCAGAGUCCCCCCAGACAAGGAGGGCCAAUGACCCCUUCAGGCUGAUGAAGGAUCUCUUUCUGGAGGUCCGGCAUGCCCUUAAGUAUGCUGACAUCUCUGUCGUCUUUGGCCUGGAGGAGAGCAUCCAAUUCAUUGGGGAGGAUGCGGUGAAGGCCAUCGUGAAGACUGCAGCUCAAAGAUUGUCCCUGCGUUCGGACUCCAACCGGGCUCAACUGCGUGCCGCACGCUCUGGUGGCGAGGGAGCCAUCAGGUGCAUGGCGGACACCAUCACACAAGUCAUAGAUGACUAUUCCGAGGACUGGAGUUCCGACUGCCAUUUUGGAGCCAGGAGGAGCCGUGCUAGUGGGAGGUCACACUCCUCAACGUCCUCAAGGAGUGAUAUCACACUCACCGAGGAGCUCCUGGCCCGGAGGGAAACCCUUGAAGAGGACCUAGAGGAGAUGGCUGAUGACAGCACUGGUUUGGAGAAGACCAUUGUAAGCUCAGCCAUCUCUGAGAAGUCCCAGGAGAAGGAGAAGCAGAAGGAGAAGGAAGAGGCUAUUAAGGAAGAAGUGAGGAAGUCAGGAAAGAAGAAGCGAGGUAAUAACAAGGACCAGAAGAAGAACAAGGUGUCUCCUCUUGGCAAUGAUAGUACUAUGGCUGCAGAUGAGCCGAAGAAAAAACAGGCUCUCUUCCCGCGGAUCACAGCUGCCCUGGCAAAACUAUUUUGCUUCCCCUGCAAAAAAAGAUGCAAAAAGUAACUAUGCAGAGACGAGUUUUGGAAACCCUGAUGCCACCUCCCCCAACCCACUUUCUAAAAAAACAUCAGAGCCAUCAAAAGAGGGAGACAACCCCCGCUACUCACAACCCAUUUUAUUACCCCCCCCCAUUUUAACUUAAUAAACACAACUUGCAGCUAUUUUGAUCUUCUUUUUUACUUUUUUUUACAGACCCACCUGCAUGCUAUAGAUUCUUAAGGUCAAUUUGCUGUGUACUGUCUACAGUAUCAUUGUAAUGAGUAUGUUCACUGUGCCAGUCAUUAUUUUUAUUUGUACCUUUAUUUAACUAGGCAAGUCAGUUUAGAACAAAUUCUUAUUUUCAAUGAUGACCUAGGAACAUUGGGUUAACUGCCUUGUUCAGGGGCAGAACGACAGAUUUUUUAGGCUACCUGUCGCUAUAUAGGUAUAGGCUAAAUGCCCUAACCUAAUUUCAAUUUACAUAAUAAGAGUCACAUUUGAAUAAUUCCCGCAUUUUAACUUUCUUGAGAGGGAAUACAUCUCUAAUACACUAUGCUCAAUACCAUACAGUAAGCACACCACUGUAUGCCGAUGACACCUGCAAGCCCCGCCUCCCCGCAGAAUAAAGAAUAGACAUGAGUGGAUAAUUGCGGUGUCACUACAAAGGAUACCUUAAUUAAGCCAAUUCAUUGGCUUUAGACAUGUCAAUCAGGUCUGUGUUGUAAUCUGAUUGGUGUGUGUGUACCACCUCAAGGCAAAAGGUGUAGAAACUCUGAAGCACUCCAUUCUGUUUAUGAUUUCUAUUUAUGAUUGACGCUGCUGUUUAAAGCAAUUUUUAUGUCUGCCUUAUUUGUAUUAUUACAUAGUUGGGGAGGACAGGGGAGAAAGGGUGGACAGCUCCCUGUCUAGUAGUUGUAGCUGGUUAUAGGUCUUCAUGAGGAAGCGCCGACAGACGGACAGCUGUGCGAGUUCGCAUUUUCUAAUAUAACAGCAGCACGAGCGAUGGCUUCGGCGUAGCAUUUCGUACUGUAUUUUUCAUAAAGCGGUGAAGUCGACAUUGUGAAUGUUUUAUUCUGUGCUAGUUUCGUGGUGUCCGUGUGUUGGCAUGACAUAGCAGCUACGAGCAAGAGCCGAUUCGAUUAUGGGAACAUUCAGGUUCUAUCUGUUCGUCACAAUGACUCUCUCACUGUGGUUGGUUGGCUGUAGCGAUCAGCAGAGGCCUGCCCUGUGCUAAAGGUUCCACUCCAUUAUCCUGCUGUGCUGCUGACGCUGAGAUACUGGGAGCAACUCCAUGACCUGACAUACCAAGCCUAAAACUCCAGUAUCCUGCCCUACUGCAGCUACUACAAGCUCCCUUCUAGUCUGUUGUUCCUGUCAUUUUGGUAGCACUUUACAUUACAGCACGGAAUCAAGCGGUAAUAGAAUGGUAACUAGUUAAAGUUACUCACAAAGCAAGCCAUUAUUUGCCCAGAUACAGGAUGCUACAGAUCAGUAUAACUGUAUUGUUUCAGAGACAUUACAUACUAGAGGGGUGAUAAUACAAAAACAACAUGGCAGUGUUUCCCCUAAAAUUCUCCAAAUGUCUUGGCAUGGGGCCCCCAUUGAUUUUGAUAUCAUGUUUGAGUCACUCAGAUACACUAUAUAUACAAAAGUAUGUGGACACCACUUCAAAUUUGUGGAUCGAACAUUUCAGCUGACAGAUGUAUAAAAUCGAGCACACAGUCAUGCAAUCUCCAUAGACAAACGUUGGCAGUAGAAUGGCCUUACCGUCAAGUUCAGUGACUUUCAACGUGGCACUAUCAUAGGAUGCCACCUUUCCAACAAGUCUGUUUGUCAAAUGUCUGCCCUGCUAGAGCUGCCCUGGUCAACUGUAAGUGCUGUUAUUGUGAAUUGGAAACGGCUAGGAGCAACAACGGCUCAGCCACAAAGUAGUAGGCCACACAAACACACAGAAUGGGACCGUUGAGUGUUGAAGCACGUAGUGCAUAAAAAUAAUCUGUCCUCGGUUGCAACACUUACUACCGAGUUCCCAACUGUCUCUGGAAGCAAUGUCAGCAUAAGAACUGUUCAUCCAGAGCUUCGUGAAAGGGGUUUCCAUGGCCGAGCAGCCGCGCACAAGCCUAAGAUCACCAUGCGCAAUGCCAAGCAUUGGCCGGAGUAGUGUAAAGCUUGCUGCCAUUGGACUCUGGAGCAGUGGAAACGCAUUCUCUGGAGUGAUGAAUCACCCUCCACUAGUUGGCAGACCGAAGGACAAAUCUGGGUUUGGCGGAAGCCAGGAGUACGCUACCUGCCACAAUGCAUUGUGCCAACUAAAGUUUGGAGGAGGAAUAAUGAAUGGUCUGGGGCUGUUUUUCAUGGUUCGGGAUAGGCCCCUUAGUUCCAGUGAAGGGAAAUCUUAACGCUACAGCAUACAAUGACAUUCUAGAUGAUUCUGUGCUUCCAACUUUGUGGCAACAGUUUGGGGAAGGACCUUUCCUGUUUCAACAUGACAAUGCCCCCGUGCACAAAGGGAGUUCCAAACAGAAAUGGUUUGUUGAGGUUGGUGUGGAAUAACUGGACUGCCCUGCACAGAGCCCUGACCUUAACCCCAUCGAACAGCUUUGGAAUGAAUUGGAACGCCAACUGCGAGCCAGGCCUAAUUGCCCAGCAUCAUUGCCCAACCUCACUAAUGCAUUUGUGGCUAAAUGGAAGCAAGUCCCCGCAGCAAUGUUCCAAUAUCAAGUGGAAAGCCUUCCCAGAAGAGUGGAGGCUGUUAUAGCAGCAAAGUGGGGACCAACUCUAUUUUAAUGCUCAUGAUUUUGUAAUGAGAUGUUUGACAAGCUUUUGGUCAUGUAGUGUAGCAUAAUAACACAACAUAAGACGUAGCAAAAUGUAUAGAAUUUCAGGAAACUAGCUUUAAAACUUUAAAAUAGAGCUGAAUGAACACACAAUCAACUGGUGACACAAUGUCCCGUGGCUAUUGUACUAAAGUGGCAUAGGUGUGCCAGUAAUAGGUCAGAUGGUUUCUGUUUGAUGCCGCACUAACUAUACUGGCCCCAGAUCAGUUUGGAUCAGUGCCCCAGAAAAGGGGAUCUGGUUGGUUCAUCUACUGUGGGAAAGUGAGGCUUAAACCAAUCCCACGGACAUCCCAUGUAUCGUUUAUGUGUGUAUUUUCUGUUAAUGCCUAGGCAAAUGCAAGGGCACCCUGGGUUAUGUUGGUGUACAGUGUUUAAUCUGUUUGUAAUCUGUUUGAGGAUGACGCAGCAGUGCUGGUGAUCCUUUUAAUCUGUAUCUUAUUGAAUCACCUGAUCAGGGUCAGAUUGGCCUAGCCCCCCUCUGACAAAACACUCACUACCAUUGCAGAAUAAAUUAUUAGUCACAUUGCAUUGCUUUUGAAUUCGUUUGGAGGGAGGAUGGUGGAAAUGUGUAUUUUAAAGCCAUGUUCCCCUUGGUAUUCAUGGAAAUGUGAUUAUCAGGAGGGCGCUUAUAGCUAAACUAAGAAUUCAGGAAGCAAUUCUUGUUCUGAAUGUGCUUACGUUUAGGGAACUUGGGUAGUCUGAGGGAGCUUCACUGGAUGACAUGUCAUUCUAAUUAGCCCAAAUGUGUCUGGUCAUCAUUCAAGUUUACCGUCAAAGCAACUUAUUCAUUAGAUUCAUCUCGAUUCUAGAUAACAUCUGCUGUACCUCCCCUAGUCAUGGCCGAUAUAAUGAAUGUAUAUAUAAUUCACUUUGUCAAGGAAGGUCAUGUGGAGACCAGGCUGUCAUUGCCAUGACGAUUUUGGAUGACUAGGGGAGGUCAAGCAUAUUAGAGACAAUGGUUAAUAUGCAGCCAUUACAGAAUCAGAGGGAAUAUGUCAACAACAGUGACGUUAGAAGAGCACAGGGUUCAUAAUACUAACCCUAGACACCAGAGUGGGAGAAGAACUGGGCACUACAUAGUGGACUACUUUUGACCAGGGCCCAUUCCCAGGUAGCACACUAUAUAGAUCACAGGUUGCCAUUUUGGAUGCUGCCAGUCGCAUGCACUUGGAUGUUGUGGCGUUGAGGAACAAGCCACGUGUCAGCGGACAGAAGGGAACAAAGCUAUAAAUGAGAUGUAGCAACAGCGAGGUUAGGGCGUACAGGAGGUAGGACUGGGGGUUUAGCGUGGGGGCUGCCCUUGAUGUCAAGCAUGGCCUGAGGGGGAGGCACAGGACGUACAAGG